AUGGCCUCACAAUCCCCUUACUACAAGUUAGCAGCCUUGGCACUAGUUAGUUGCGCUCUUUCCAUUCUUCUCGCAUGGCUCAAAAGGGACCGUCGAUUGGACAAGAUGCAGGGCCCGCGCGGGUGGCCGCUCAUUGGCAUCGGCAUCGGCCUGCCCCAGAAGUCUGCCGAGGUGCUUGGCAAAUGGGCUAUCGAGUACGGCGAAGUCUACAAAAUCAAGGUUGGCUGGUAUGAUUGGGUCGUCAUCAAUAGCCCCGAGGCUAUGAGGGACAUCUUCGACAAGCAGUCGGCUAGUACGUCUUCCAGACCCCCAAUGCCCCUGGCCCACGAUGUCGCCGUGGGCGGCAUGCGGAUGAACACUCUGCCAUACAACAAGAAAUGGCGAGCAUACCGCACGAUAGUUCACGGCCUUCUGUCUACCUCCCUGACAGACCAAUUCAAUCCCUCUCAGUUGUACGAGACUAAACAGCUUCUCCAUGAUUUCACCUUCAACAAUCAAGACGGGAAGCAAUUCUACUGGCAUGUGCGGCGCUACUUUUUCAGCAUCUUGAUGACAAGUUGCUAUGGCUCACGCGUAGAUAGCUGGGAGCACGAAGAUGUGCGUAGCGCCAUUCACAGCACGCAACUUCUCAGCAAGAUAUCGAAGCCGGGUUCUUUUCUCGUCGAUGAGAUCCCCAUACUCGCCAAGUUGCCGGCCUGGCUGCAACCUGGACGGCGCAUGGCCGAAUCAUUGAGAGAGCCGAUUUUGAGUGCGAAAAUGCGGCUAUGGCGGAGAUUCCAAGACCAGAUGAAGGCUGGUCGGGCUCCCGUAUGUUUCGGGCGCAAGGUAUACGAGGAUGACAAGCGGUGGCGGGACCAGGGGUUAACGGACGAGGAUUUCGCCUGGGUUGUCGGUGGUAUCGCCGAUGCCGGCUCGGGCACGUCAACAGUCACCUUCAAUGCGGUCAUUUUGUACAUGGUAGCCAACCCGCAUGUUCAGGACAAGGCUUACGAGGAGCUGAUGGGCGUCGUGGGGCCGAACCGGACACCUGAUAUCCAAGACUUGCCCAACCUGCCCUAUAUUAAUGCGUGUGUGAAGGAGACUAUCCGCCUCAAGCCUAUUCCAGUGUGGUGCAUUAAGCGGUAUGCCGAUGCCGACGUGCGGUACAAAGAUUAUAUCAUACCCAAGGGUACGGUGUUACUUGGCAAUACUACCUUUCUAGCCACCGACCCGGCCAAGUACGAUGAUCCGCAAGUAUUUCAACCCGAAAGAUACCUGGGCUUCCCGCGCUCCAGCUUCGAGUACGCCGCCGGUGACCAGACCAAGCGCGACCACUUCUCCUUCGGCGUGGGACGCCGCGUCUGCCCGGGCACCAAGCUGGCCGAGAUCACGCUGGAACUCGCGCUUGCGAACGUGCUGUGGGCACACGCUAUCCGACCGCCCAAGGGUGUCGCGGCCCUAGAUGCUGGCCCGGAGGCUUGGGAUUCUACUGAGUUCCAGGCACCGAAGCCAUUUGCCGUUCGCUUCGAGCCUCGUAGACCAGAGGCAACAGACUUCGUCAAGAGACAAUGGGAGACUGCUAUGGAGGAGGGCUAUAUGAUGAACGGGAGACGUGUCGAUGUCAAGGGGGUUGUGCACUGA